AUGGCAAACCACAGAGCUCAAGCGCAAUUCGAGCGCGCCAGAUGGCGAGCACUGAUUCUCUUCCCCGUCUGGGUGCUGCAACUCCUUCUCACAAUGUCCAUGAUGGGACUAUUCGCCUGGAGACUGGGCGAUACCCUCAAACACUACGAUGAACGAGAAAACGAUGGCAAGGUUCCAACAAUUGAGUUUGCAUGGGAAGCAACCAACAUCGCCCUGUCAUUCGUCGCAGCAACGUGCACACUAUUCGAAAUCUUCAAAUUCAUGGCCGAAUCUCUCACACCCUGGACCAUGCUCUUCACCCACAUCAUAAAACUCACCUGCGCAACAGCCAUCUGCGCCCUCGACGUAGUGGUGUACACCCAGCGCAAAGAAUACCAGUCCCUAAUCGGUCUCGGUUUGGACGUCGCCUUGAUCAUCACAGCCAUCGGCCUUGCCAUCUACGCCAUCUUCACAUACAGACGCCUCUCCGCUUUCGACGACUACCUCCGCCCUGCCAACGUCAAAGGCUACGGCUUCAGUGACGGCGACGACCGAGACUUCUCCUACUCCAGCCGGCUGAGCGUUCGAAACUCCAUGGACAAGCGUGGCUCCGUGGGUUCGCACCGUUUAAGCAUCGGCUCCAUCCGAUCCGUCAGCAACGAGCCCGUCGUUUUGCAAACAAUGCAACGAACACCAAGUUACUACAGGCACGAGCGGGACACCCAAUUUGACGAGUACGUCGCACGACGAAGCUCGCUUGGUGCCAGGCCUGAUCUCGAGCGCGGGACAAGCGGAGAGUACAGGAGGGACAGCCCGCCUGGAGAUUCCUCGCCAGACUCGCUUGUCGUGACAGGUGCGGUGCAGAGUCGAGCUCGUGGAGCUAGCAUCACACGGGCAACGAGUUACACCAGUGACCAUGUGCUUGUUGCUGUGCCAGAAGAAGAGCAUGAGCCGCUAGACGAGGCGGCCAGGCAGAACGACAAGACUUCGCUGCUGGGAGGGAGUAGGCGGAAUAGCGAUGAGAAUCUCAUGCAGGUUCCUCCUGUGCAGGAGGUUGAUAUUACGGAGCCGAAGUGGCGGCGGGAAUAG